AUGGCAGCAAAAGAAGGAGACAUUGGCCUGCAUCAGGUUCCGUUUCAGGAUUCAUCAGAAAGUGAAAGUGAUAAUAAUGAUGAUAUCGAAAUCGAAAGCGAAAAGGAAGAGGAAAAGAAUCAGAAGAAGAAUCAAUCACCCUCACCCCUUAGUCGUAGGCAAUAUGGCAAUUUCAGAAGAUACUAUGAACAUCGAAAUGAAGAGGGUCCUGAAGAAGAUCCACGUUUGGAACUCUUGAGGAAGGAAUGGUUUGAAGACAAGGAGUGUCUUGAUAUUGGUUGCAAUGAUGGGACAUUAACCAUUUCCAUUGCGAAAAUGUUCCGGUGCCAGAGCAUUCUUGCAAUUGACAUUGAUCCUGAACUUGUUGAGCAAGCAAAUUUAAAUUUGAGAGAUUCUUGUUUGCUAAUGCAAAUGGGAGGAUCCUCUGAGAAUAAUUCGGAUGAUUCGGCGCAACGCGCUGCUGCUUCGCCGGAGAAGGAAGUGGCGCCAUCGGAACCUUCUUCAUUGGAGAAAAGAAAUCUGCUUGAAGUGGUUACAUUCAAACAAGAGAAUUUUAUGGAGAGCCAGCAUCCAGAACUUUAUGAUACUGUUACUUGCUUUAGUGUAACUCAAUGGAUACAUUUAAAUUUUGGAGACCAAGGCUUAAUCACAUUUUUUAACAAGAUUUGGGAGGUACUUCGACCAGGUGGUGUUCUUUUAUUGGAACCUCAGGCAUGGAGGUCUUACUCAUUGAAUCAUUAUUUAUCACCUGUUGCUAAGAAGAAUUAUAGUGAGAUUGAAAUUCGUCCUAAAGAUUUCCAGAAAAUAUUAUUGAAUAAGAUUGGAUUUAGAACGGUAGAACACAUCAAUUCAGGUUGGAUAGAUGCAAAACAUCUUCGUUUCAAUAGACCCGUUUUGGUUUUCAAGAAAUGA